GAGUCAGAUUAGUUUGAUUUUAAAUUUAAAUCCAAUCGAUAAUUUAUAAUCAAUAUCGAUAUGAGCUCGGAAAUUGUCGAUGUUAUCGUUAACGAUUUUGCUCAGAGAGUAACAAAGUGACAUUGAACUGAAUUUAUAUAGGUGUGGAAGAAGAUUACGGUUGUUGGUAUUAUCGAACAUUCGUAUAUUUUACGUAAUAUUUGGCUAUUCUUAAUACUCCCCCACCCCCAUGUAACGCAAUUUUACAUGGUGGCUUCGCGCAAAUGUGACGUAUCGCUGAAUAGAAUAUUACGAAGUUUUGGCUAUAUGUUUCAUAGAACAGACAUUCAUUGUGAAAUUUGUAAAAUGAGCGAGGCAGAAAAACGAUCGAUUUUGUUGAAAAAAAAAACAACAAACGCUUCCACAAAUGAAAUUCCCCACACCAGCUGAUUAUCGAGUUACUUUUAAUUGCUGGUAAUUGACAUCAACACAGUUUUCUCUCAAACCCCAACUGGUAGAAAUAUAAUGGAGCUGUUACUAGAAGGUAAAAAACCUGACGGAAAAAUGCUUUCGCAGAUAACUCAUGUUUUGUGUGAUUGUUUAUUGGCCGUAUAUGGAGAGAGACCCUCAACGGAUCAUAAGGAAAUGAUAGCAAAAUCUCUUGUCAAAACGUAUCCUAUCUUAGGCUCGACUGUUUCCGAACAACCCUAUGCGUUGUGGUUUCAUAGACACGGUCGUGGCAGCGGUCGGCACGCAGGCAAAAUUCAUUACAGAAUGGAGCGUCUAGCCAAGCUGUCUUCCACAAGAGUUUUUCAUCGUCAUCGUAACAAGGAUGGUCUGCAAGAGUUAUAUGAAAUUGAACAUCUCGAUGAAGAUGUUGAAGUCAACAUAGAUGAUCUGGUUAAGGAACUGAAAUUUUCUGUUCCAACCGAUCAAACGAAAGGUUAUAUUAUAAGCCUAUGGAGACGUACUGCAAAAUUUCGACAGGAUUUGCGUAAAGAAGGAACACUUUUGAUGUUCAUGACUGAUUUCCCGGUAGCUUCAGCUUUUUGUGGUUUAUUGAUUUCCGAAGAUUAUCAGUUGAUGAAACCUGGAGCGUCUGCGUUCGUAGAAACUUGGGACAGUUUGCAAUUACGAGUACUGGAGCGUCAUCACGAGAUGUUUCGUUACAUUAAAAACAACUUCAUCAGAGCGGUAGCCAUAAUACGGGUAAAAAACCCAACUCGUGGAUCUAAACGUUUGCGGGAUCAGAAUGAAGAGGACUUUCUAAAGACUAAUCCCCUUCAUGGUGUGGUUCAAUGGAUCGAAGAUGGACAAACAAUGCCUGUUCCAGAAAUUCCACAAGUUAUCAUCGUUGGGCCAGAAUUCCACGAUGGCGAUUGCUCGGUGGUCUGGAAAGAUAUUGUAAUUCCGACAGGAGCAGACAUUUUGACUGCUUUCGAUAUUCUGUGCAAAGCAUUCAAUUAUUCAGCUUAAUGUAAGGAUUGCCGAGUGAUCGUUAAACUGUAUUACUGACGGUCAGCUUUUUUGCCGAGAGGUAGGUUAAAUUUGAGCCGAGAUGUUCGGCAUAAAAUCAAGUUUGUCAAAUUUGGGUCUACCGAAAUUUUCGGCAAAAAUAAAUUAAACCGAGAUGGCUGCCGAGCAGCCAGCUGUCCAAAUCUCGGCAUGCAUUUUGCCGAGAUUCG